GCUCUUGAUAUAGAUGUUAAGCUCACCCACCGUACUUCUCGCGCCAUCUAGUGAGCGGCGCUUCAACGCAUCAACCGUUUGCUACUGGCCAGGUGGUUACCCUACGUUACCGACCGGGCGAAAAAUCUACAGGUUGUUUUGUUACCAACCGGUAACGCAAAAGAGAGGGAAAGUAUUGUACCCUACAUUUUCUGUUAUAAACCUUCGUAAAGCGAAGAACGUAUAGUUAUU